UAUUACAGGGGUAGGUACUGGUAUCCAUGCUGCCCAGUCCGCCUGUGCGCAAACUCGGGUCGUCACGUGCCACGAGGCUUCCCACGAGGAAAGAUCCCAUCCCAAUCGUGGAACGCUAAAUUGCGCCCUUCUUCUUGGACACUUGAUUUCUCAUUCCUUCGAUGGCUGUCAAAUUUCAGGCGAACAUCCCAUCGACGCGACACAACCCACUAUCUAAAAUUGGCGGCUAUAUGACACCGGAUCGUUGGUUUGCCAAAAGGGAGUGGCUGGUGACUUGGUUCAACGAAGGAUACAGAACGUGAGGCCAGGGUCAUAAAUUUCGAACAGCAGUGAAGCAAUGACAGAUUUUGGUGCUGACGCCAUUGAAUCAUAGUAGAUAUCUGAGGUUUUCAUGGGACGAGGGCAUGACAGAAGAAGCAACCAGAGAUGCGCCGAUUUCAGCACCGCAGUUGCUGGACUCGUUAAAAGAUAACACUGCAAGUCAUGUUCGCCUGGAGCUGUUAUCCACUACAAACUUAGCUGAGAUACAAGCGGCAAUCGAAGUCAACACCAGUCUACAACAUGCGGAACUCCUCUUGGAUGCUUCCUGUGACAAGAGGACUAUACAAGACAUGGGCUCGUUGCUUCGCUCCAUCAGUAGCCGUCCAAAUCUCCGUCAGAUGGCGCUCAAAUCCAACCUGGCGGAUGAUGAACAGCUGUCCCCGCGCUAUGCUCUACCCAUGACCACACUCGUGGCAGUCCUGGAACGGGCUUCGGGACUGCAAAUCCUACAUCUUGGAGAUGUUCAACUAUCUGGUAACACCAAGGACUUUGCAUCGUUGGAGGGAGUGAUUCGGAAUCACUCUUCGCUCCAUGAACUGUCUUGCACGUGUUGGCUGUCUGAGCAAACACGCAUGGCGGUGGGUUUGUCCAUUGACCCUUUGCUCCGGGCCAUCACGGCAAGCAGGUCUCUGCAGUCGCUCUCCUUUCAACCAUCUUUUUUUGGAGGUGACUUGACAAAUGUGACGCUCGGAAUGUUGUGCUAUGUGCCUACGUUGGAAUCUAUAAACAUUUCCAAGUGCCACAUUCCAGAUGAAGGCAUGAUUGCCAUGGCGACGGCCAUGCAGAGCAACAAGAUCCUUCGAGAACUACAAGUGACAUGCCGUCUAGAAGAGCCAGGUUGCUUGGCGCUUGCUCAAUGCCUUAGACAGAAUGCAUCCCUAGAGAUCCUGAGUAUUCAUAACACAUACAGCAAUAUACACAUAGAAAGUACGAACAUUGAUAUCGAUAUUACCAAGUCGGGGACAUCGGGGGAUACAGAGGACGACAGUGACGAGACAACCGUGGACGAUGAUCAUUACCUCCCUAUUGCACUAACCCUCCAACAAAGCAAUCGCACUCUUCAGGAGCUUACUAUGCAUGGAACUCGACUCUGCAAAUCCAGCCAAGAUGCCUUUGUGAACACAUUGAAGGACAACUACUCUCUCAUGAAGGUUUCGCUUUUGGGACUGAUUGAUUCCUUGCAAAAGAAGAUUGAGAUGUAUUGCAGGUUGAAUAGGGCCGGGAGGCGAAACUUGAUGGAAACCGGGCGUGCUGCACCCCGACAGCGGUGGGUUGAAACUCUCACUCAAGUCGCAGGUGACCUCGACUGCCUAUUCUACUUGCUUUCUACCAAACCAUCGCUGUGCGACCUCGAGAACAUGACGAUGGACGACGAUCCACCGACUCUGUACAAACGAAGGAUGGAGAGUGAGGACACAACGAGUGAUUCGUCCAAGAAAAAGCCUCGGUCUGCUUAGUCCGUCCCAUCUACCCAUCGCCUGCUAGCUACUCAUGUCCAAAUCGUGCUACCCAAGUCCUGCUAAUGGUUCUAGAAUAAUUAGUUUAAAAGUUCCUUCCAUAGUUUGUUG